AUGGUUUUGCGGGACCACAUAACGACCUACCCACAAUCCACCUCUUUCUCUCCGCUGCCAUUUUAGUUGUCGACAUGAAGGUCGAACUGUGCAGUUUUAGCGGGUAUAAGAUCUACCCCGGUCACGGGAAGCGCUAUGCCAGGAUUGACGGGAAGGUUUUUCAGUUUCUGAACUCAAAAUGCGAAUCUGCAUUUCUGUCCAAGAGAAACCCUCGACAAAUCAACUGGACUGUAUUGUACAGACGCAAACACAAAAAGGGCCAGUCUGAAGAGAUACAGAAAAAGCGCUCUCGUCGUGCAGUGAAGUUUCAAAGAGCUAUCACAGGUGCUUCUCUGGCUGAGAUAAUGGCCAAAAGGAAUCAGAAGCCUGAAGUGCGCAAGGCUCAACGAGAACAAGCAAUCAGAGCUGCCAAGGAGGCUAAGAAAGCCAAAGCCGCAACAAAGAAAGUCAGUGCACCUACAGCCAAGGCUGCUCAGAAAACGGCACCGAAACAGAAAUUUGCCAAGCCGAUGAAGUCUCAGGCUCCGCGUGUUGGUGGAAAACGCUAAAAGAAUCUACAGUUACAUGUUGUAAAAUAAAGCCUGAAUAACUUCUA